AUAUUAUGACGUCAUAAUUUACCGACUUUCUGGGGAGAUGAAAUCGAAAGAUAAAGAAAGCACAGAAAUGGGAAAGAAAAGUAAAGAUUCUGGUAUCGAAAACAGAAAUAAGACUCAUAAACCAAACACGGUAAAGUAUUAUUAUUUUGACAAAGACGGAAGGCAAUUAUCCGAGGAGACUGUGGAAAAACUGAAGAUAAACGUAAAGGGUAACGUCGUAUUAUCCUCAGGAUUGGCAGGGACUCGAACUGACGGAACCAACACGAAUCCCACCUUAUCCGAGAAUGUAACAUCAAGUGGCACCCAGAAAACGUCACUGCAGCAAGCAAACAUGAAACCCGAAGCUUCUGUGAAGCCUGAAAAAACUCCAUCCCCUAACUUUCAAGCCAGCCAUAAUGGACAAAUUUAUCUCGUUACCCCAGACGGUGGGUUAAGAUCCGCAAUAGGCAAUCAAGAAAUUAGAAUUGGUGAUGAUGGCCAGGAACAGAGAAAAAGUAUACCAAAAAUUAUGCCAGGGACAAAUAUAGAGUAUCGCCAAAAUGGUACAAACUAUCUGAAUAGAAAUGGAAAGAUAAAGCGUCCAAUGAAUGCAUUCAUGUUGUGGGCAAGGGAGUUUCGAGGGAAGCUAGCGGAGCGAAUGCCGAACGCCUCCAAUGCGGAGAUCAGCGUGGGUCUUGGGCAGGUCUGGGCUAAUCUUCCCGCGUCGGAGAAACAGUACUUUUACUUAGAGGCGGAGCGGAUCAAAAAUCAGCAUAGGCGAGACUUUCCUGGUUGGGUGUAUCAGCCAAACAUCACGAAGCGCCAGAACCAGAAAGAUGCACAGCACACUCGAUUGUGGCAAAGGUUUGUUAACAAUAAAGAGGCAGCUAGUGGCAAAGAAACUGGAAAUAAAGAAUCGAAAUAUCGUCCGAUUGCACCGGCAACCCAACAAGACGAGAAAUCGGGUGACGACACCACUACAUCAGAACCAAAGGUAGAUGAGAGUAAGACGUCCAAAGAAACCGCUACAUCUAAAUUUUCCGAGAGCUUAGAAAAUACACAGCCGAAGAUUCAGGUGAAACCAACACAAAACUUAAUGACGUUAGAUCAACAAAAACAACAACAAGAAUCUAAGAUUGACGCUCAGACAAUACAGUCUACGGUGAAGCAAGUUGUUGUUACAUCGAGUUCUCAAGUACACAACCAGAACCCUAUUCCAUCCUUCCACCAAUUCAAGCAAGAAUUGAUGUCCUCUGAAAAAUUAAGAAACAUUGCAACAUAUGUACAGAACCGUCCUGAAAUACAACCAGGUGAAAGAACCACCAAAGCUCCUGCAACAAGCGGAAAUGUUGCUCAUCAUAUGGCUCCACUCACCACUGCUUCACAGAAGGUGCAACCAACAGGGGAUUUCCAUGGAGCUAAAGUGACCAAUCAAAUCGAUCGACCUGGUCGUCCAAAUUCAGUUGUCAUGCAAUACAACUACAUACCAGGCUCAACGCCUAUUUCUCUAAUUCCAACGACGAGACCACUUGUUACACCAACAGUUGCUGAGGCAGCUGAGCCAUUGACAAAGCAUGGAAAUCAACUAGGCAAACACACUCAACAACAGUUUCUGACUUUGGAAACACAGAAACCCCCGAACCAUCAGUCAUGGACCAUGAUGAAUCAAUCGGUCUCUCAGCAGAAGGGCCAUGUAGCUGACCUGACGUCACAAUCAAAGCAGACGACUAGGAACAAGCUCCAAAGCAAUUCCUCUGAUCAACUUCACUUCCCAAUAGCCAUACCAAAUUUACCCAACAUGAAUGGCAAGGCAGACCCUCUUUGGCCAUUCCCUUUCCCACCUGUAGAACAAACACCUCAGACACAUCUUUUGUAUGAAGGUACAGUGCCAGAUACUGUUUACUCCAAAACAGAUUUAUCUGAUCCAUAUGCUCCAUUCUACUUUGACAAUUACAUCAAUCAAAUCCGGGCCACAGAGCUUCAAGUCGACGUUAACGGAUGGCAACAGUACUUAGAUGAUGGUCAUAACAAUGGAGCAGGUAAACAGAGCGUUAACUAUUUCUCCAAUGUUAAACAGUGCCCUAGUGAUCUGGAAAUCUGCCCCUCGCCAGCAUCAAACACUCUAAGUAGAAAUCAGGGCAGUAAUACCAGUGCUUCAAUGUGGCCUGCAUCCUCUACAGCUAGUGGUAACAAACAGAACAAGUACUUGUCCCUAGAACUGGGCCAUGACCAACAGGAUGAUUUAGUACUGUCUACAAAAACAACACCAUCUUCUAGUUCAGUAUCUCAAGAUGGUACAACAUUGCAACUUUCUACAUCUGCUCAAUGCCAGGAAACUCCAAUGCAACAGACAGAAGUUAUACAAGCUAUGCAAAAUACAGGGGACAAAAGUUCAUUUGUGCCACAAGAACUAAGCUCAAAAGAAACUUCAUCAGGAAAUGGAAAUGGGACCAUGGUUAAAAACUUUGAAAACCGCAAUGUCACCAGUAUUCCUAUGUAUUAUACGGAUGACUCUGUUAACGUAUGUGGACCCCCCACAAUGCCAAAAAAUCCUGAGAAGACAGGUGGCAUCGAAUUUGGUUCCAUAAUGUCAAAUGCUGUAAAUGCUCUUCAUGGAGAUUUGGAAGCUUACGAGUCCACAACUGUACCUGGAUACAAUGAGCCUGCUGUACCAUAUUUGUAUCCACAGGCAGAUGUGCAACCAUUGUAUGUUCAGCCUUCUGCAUCAAAUGAUAAUUUCCAAGUCUCCAAAUAUCAGGUUGAGAACAACAGACCAAUCAAGAAACGUUCCUACAAAAUCAUUGAGGGAUUAUUGGAAAAUGAAGUGUGGAUGUCACAAUUCCGUCCCAAGACGUCAUCUUCUUCCAUAAGCCAAACACAGUGCAGUGUGGAAAUGACAGACGAAUCAACUGUAUCAAAUAGAGAAGAAGCAACUGAAUCAAACAGAGAAGAGCUGUUGGGAAAAAAUAAAAAUAAAACCAAAGAUGUGCUGUUGGAGGACAAAGACAAUAAAACAGAAGACCAGAAUGAAAAGUCAUUAGAGGAUGAUGAAACUACAGCUAAAGAUCCAAACAGGGGUGAGAUAUUGGAGGAUAUUGACAAAGCAAAGAACCAAAACAGAGAGGAUCUGCUAAAGGACAAUGAAAAUGCAACUGGUGAUUUAAACAAAGAGGAGUUGUUGGAAGUCAAUAAAACUAAAGAGGAUCAAUUACACAGUAGAAAUCAGGGUGAAGAUGGACAAAUAAAUGAAGAAUCCAGUAAAAUUGUAUGUGAUGGCAAAAUAGAAAUUAAUCAGGAAUGUAAGAUAAAUGAUGCAAAUAACAAUGUAGCAGACACAAGUACCCUUAUAACUGCAAGUUCUAACGAAUCUGAAACAGUCACUGAUGGGGACAUUCCUUUGAAUGAGGUUAAAGAAAAAUCUGAGGCUAGAAAUGAGAACAUUGAGUCAGAAGCAACAAGUGGGGAAUUGGAAGAUGUUGAAGAACAGUUAGCUGAAGCUGAAGCUACUGCAAGAGAAGUUAUGAGUGCAGAUUUAGGAGAAAGCUCUGAAAUCAAACAAGAAAUAAGAGAGAAAGACAAAAGAGAAUAUAAAACUCAGGAAGACACAGAUAUGCAAAUUUUGGAAGAAGAACAAGAUUGUGACAAUGAACCUAAAGAAGAAUUUCAGCAUUUUGAAAUUGUGAUAGAUAAUGCAGAGAAAAUGUCCUCCACUUCUUGUGAAAAACUGCAUCUUAUACAAAAAACCCCAUCCUUGAAGGAAACAGAUGAAUUGCAGACAUUCUCAACCAAAAUCAGCAGUGCUCAGAUGUCAGAAAUCUUAGAAGAUGGUGAUACCUCAACAGACGAUGAAAAGAAUGAGAUAUGCAACAGCUCCGAUUCUUCACAACAUCCUGUGAAAAUUCAGAAAUCAUUAAACUCUACAAAACGCCAUUACGCUAAAGGUCUCCAGAGCUUAGAAUCAGGAGAUGCCACAAUAAGUUCAAAGAAAAUCGUCCUAGAAUCUGAAAAUACAUCAGCCAGUCCUGGGAAAACCAGGAAUAAGAGGAGGCGUCCAUAUGAUUCCCCUGUAAGGAUGUCAAAACGUCGCAAGCAGUGAAAAAUACAGCAUGGAGUGGUUAUUUCUAAUGUCUAAAUAUUGCAGACAGUGAUAUGUCUUUGUUUAUGCAUGUUCAAUUCUUUAACAAUUAUUGCAUGACAUUUUUUUCUAUAACAAAUAUCAUAAAGCAUUUCUUCUUCGAUAUAAAUGAAUCAAUAUGCAUGAUUUUUUUCUGCUCUGCUGUAAGAAGCCUUUUGACUGGAAAAUUUCUCUGCUAUAGACUUGCAGAAUUAACUGUACAAUGUAUAUGUAUUCAAGUGAGCCAAAUUAGAGUUAGUUGUUACAUGUUUUAAAGACAUUUUCAAACAAAGUAAUAUAUAUAUUUGAUGAAUAUUGUUGAUAUUAAAGACUCACUACCACAUUGUUAA